CAUUUAGUUUCAUUCGUUGGGAUAGCAUCAAUGAUGGGAGUGUGCCCCCCGUUCAAUGCAAAGUGUUGGUUAUGGUUCAAGGGAGCCACGCCUAGAAUUGAUGUAAACUCACCGAAGCAUUAAAGCAUUCGGAUAUAUAAAGCUACGGUAGUGACCAGUGAGUUCUUUCAGGUCGUUCACUGCUGGUUACCCAUAUUGUUCGUGUUUUCCUUAUAUGAAGUUCUGAUAGUGUUAUGGCUAAUGCAGAGGAGCACGGUUCUGCUUUAAGCACUGAGCUUUUGUUUGAAAAGUUUCAGAGUUAUUUCGACAAGAAAUUCGACAAGUUGGCUAACUCCACUAUCACAGAUGAAACAGCGGUGAAGGAACUCAAAAUAAAAUUGGAAGCGAAGGAGUUGACCAAGCCCGGUAAUUCUGCCCAAUUGCUGUUUUGUGGACAGCUAGAGAUUAUUCUAGAUAAAAUAAAAGUCGCCUUUUUGCAGAAGGGUGAUACAGACAAGGUCGUCGAAGCUAUUCACGAGGCUGAGGACCUUUUAGCGGAUAGAAAGCAAAAGAUCAAGAUCGCUGAUAGCAGUAGAGCAGGUUGGAUCACCAUUCAACAGUUAGAGAAGGGCGGCAAGAGAGACCAGUCUUCCGAAGAUCAGAAGAAGGUGCAGAUAGCUGAGGACGCUGCUCUCAAAGAAUUGGAAGGAAGAAAGAAACAAAAGACUUCGGAUAGACGACAGCAAGAUGGGGUGGUUUUCAAGAAUUUUGGUGACCGUAGUCUUUUUCGAGGUAAAACGUUAAAUUCCCCCUUUUGUCUUUGGUUGUUUCAAAGGGCAUCUGAAUCCUGGCCCUUAUCCAAAGUUGUCAUUAAAAUAAUUCAGAAAUUGAAUCAUUUUGUCGUAUAGUGUAAUCAUUGAGGCUGUUCUUAGAAUGAAACUGUUUUUCAUGCGGAUGAGCGAAGCGAAGGAGCAUGAAAAUUUAGUUUCAUUCGUUGGGAUAGCAUCAAUGAUGGGAGUGUGCCCCCCGUUCAAUGCAAAGUGUUGGUUAUGGUUCAAGGGAGCCACGCCUAGAAUUGAUGUAAACUCACCGAAGCAUUAAAGCAUUCGGAUAUAUAAAGCUACGGUAGUGACCAGUGAGUUCUUUCAGGUCGUUCACUGCUGGUUACCCAUAUUGUUCGUGUUUUCCUUAUAUGAAGUUCCAGUUUUUCUCGCUGUUUGUAUUUUUUCUCAUUAUACAUUUUAGGCAUGCCAAAUGAUGUGUGUUUCAGCUGCAGAAUGCCUGGCCACUGGGCCCGGGAGUGUCCCUACGCAACAGGCCCCCCACUGUCACACCGAGUCCGAUCCCGAGCUCAGACGGCUCUUCCCCUUGGAUACAACACUUUCCACUCCAGAGGUGUGUCGGUUCCAUGGCAAGCUCCCGCCUUUCAUCGAACAGGGUACAACUUCCUACCAGCAAUUGCGGGAACCACGCCCACAGGCUCAUUCAAGCCCGCAGAGUCAAUUGCAGCGCCAUCAACGUCAGGCUCAAGCGUCUCUUAAGGUGGCAAGCCUGUCACAUAAGUUUGCUGACGUGUUGGAGAGUGAACAAGAUAGUAUGUGGGGAUGCAAGUGCAGUGGGAUCUGGUGCUAUAUUAUGUAAUGAUAUCCAUACAGCUCACAAAAAUUGGACUGAAGUUGAGGCAAAAAGAAGUUCCACUUGGCGAGAAUUGGAUACAAUACUAUUUGCAAUUUCAUCAUUCCUGCCAAUAGUAUCCAAUUCACAACUCAAAAUCUUCACAGAUAGUCAGUCAGCAGCUCGUAUAGUGGAAGUAGGAAGCAUGAAGGUGGAUUUACAUAGUUUGGCAAUUGAUAUUUUCAAUAUUUGUAUUAAUAACAAUGUGCGUCUAGAAGUAGAAUGGAUACCAAGAACCAUGAAUGACAAAGCAGACUUUGUCAGUAGAUUGAUCGAUUUAGAUGAUUGGAUGAUUUCAGACAAAUUCUUCAGCAUAAUCAAUGAUACAUGGGGUCCUUUCUCAGUUGACUGUUUUGCAAGUUAUUAUAAUGCUAAAGUGUCCCGCUUCUUUUCCAGAUUUUGGAAUCCAAAUACAGCCGGCGUAGAUGCCUUAGCACAGGAUUGGUCAAAAGAGAAUUGUUUGUUAGUGCCCCCUGUACUUUUGAUCCCUAGUGUUCUAAGACAUUUGUACUUAUGUAAAGGCAGAGGAGCCCUUGUUUUCCCCUGGUGGCCCUCCUCCCCCUUUUGGCCUUUGUUAUGGUCUUGUUACAGAACAUGGAUUACGGGAAUGAUAACUCUUGAAGGUUCAGACAUCUUAGAGUUGGGGAAUAACAAGAAUUCUUAUUUGGGCUCAGAUACGUUUACUAGUCCAGUAUGUGCCAUAUAUAUUGAUUGUACUGAGAUUUGAUUAAGUUACAUGAGUUGAUUAUUUAUUCUUAAUUAAUUUUCUCUUAAUUGCUGUAUAGGUCAUUCGCAGUCAAGAUUUUUGGUCAAGCUUUCCCAACAGUAUAGACGCAUUCAAGGAACAAAUUUUUCAGGAUAUUUUGUUAGCCAAAGCAGAGAGUACUCUAAACAGUUAUCUUUAUAAAUGCAGAGAUUUUUUUCGCUUGGUUGGUUGCUCAUAAAAUUCCUCUCCGAUUCCCAGUUCAAGACACUGUUGUUGCUGCUUUUAUCAUCGAUAAGAGUAAUUUGUCGCAAUCUGAAAGUUCAAUAAUUACGAUUUCCGCUGCAAUUAAAUGGCUUCAUUCUCUCCUGAAUAUCGAGUCAAACCCAGUAGACUCUCCACUACUGAAACAGAUUGUAAUCAGCCAAAGAAAAUCACUGCAUAAACCCCCAGAGCAGAAGGAACCUUUAACAAUUGAUCAUGUGAGAUCUAUAGCUGAUAAAUUCGCUAAUCAAGAAAGUAGUCUCAUACAAUUAAGGACGGCUUGUUAUGUGACGUUAAUGUUUUCUCUUCUGUUCAGACACGAUGAGAUGGCACAACUAAAAGCAUGCCACAUCACUGAAUUAGAAAAUCAAGCCGGGUUGAGAAUUUUUAUUCCCCGUUCUAAAACGGACAUUUUUAGAGAUGGCAACACUACUUUUCUGUCGUGCACACAGAAUACUUACUGUCCAGUAACAAUGUUACGUAGAUAUAUGCAUCAAUGUGAUAUACAAUGUGGCGAAGAUGUGUAUGUAUUUACAGCCUUAUCAUUUCAUUCGAGCACAAAAUCUUACAAACCGGUAAAGCACAAACCUCUUAGUUAUACCAGAUGCAGGGAAAUCUUUUUAGAUGCAAUGAAACAAAUUGGCAUAGAGCGUCCGCAGUCUUUUGGUUUACAUAGCAUGCGUUCUGGAGGCGCUACUCAUUUGGCCAAUAAGGGUAUAUCGGAAGAGUUAAUCAUGCAGCAUGGUAGGUGGAAAACCCAACAAGCCAAAAACAGGUACAUUAAGCGGGAUAUAGAAACUCGCUUGGCCUUAUCGAGGUCUCUGUGCGAAAAGUAAAGGAGUUAGAAUUGAUUGGUCAAAAAAAAAAAAAAAAAAAAAAAAAAAAAAAAAAAAAAAAAAAAAAAAAAAAAAAAAAUGUUCGGUGAAGAGAAAUGGACUGAGGACAAAGUUCAGUAGAGCCUCAAGGGCCAAAGUUUCAUGAUUGGAACUUGAGAGAGGUGAAUUCUUUGUUAUUAAUGAGUUUUUUGGCCGGACAGAUAAUCCGAAGAGCCGUAAGGGCUAAAAUUCCUCGGUGGAAUUAUUGGUGAUAUUGAAUUAUGUAAUUUCUUUUCAAAUAGAUUUUCAAUUGAAAUGUAUCAUGAAAAAUUAUGGAUUAUUAGUUUCAUAUUUAAUGAGUUGUCAAAACAGUAUUUUGCUUAUAAUUUAAUCUGAAUGUUUUUAAAGAAAUAAUAUUAUUGUUAUAAAUUACUCCAGGGUAAUCGGCAUCUGAAUCCUGGCCCUUAUCCAAAGUUGUCAUUAAAAUAAUUCAGAAAUUGAA